AUCGAUCCGAGCGUGCAGCUGCGUACGACGAGCACCAGGCAUCACCAUCAUCAUCAUCAUCGUUCUCAUCGUCCUCAUCAUCAUCAUCAUUAUCACGAUAAUCGUCGUCUUCGUCGUCGUCGUCGUCGUCGUCGUUGCUACUCGCAAGAGCAACGUCAACUCUGUAAAAAUCAUCAUCCGCGCCACGAUCGCCACGAUGAUCUACGCCAAUGCAGCCCGAGCGGCAGCUGCAAAGACGCGACGAUGCAAGUUCUGGCGAGUGCACUGAGCAGUCGCGAGUUUGGCGCAGACGCUGUAAAAGAUUAUAAUUUUAGAUUCGCAGACAAGUGGCGUAGCGCGCCCAGUCUGCCGGCCAGCCUCCUCUCGGUAGGUAAGCUCAGCUUAACCGUCGCGUCGUCUUCGUCGUCGUCGUCGUCGUCGUUUUCGUCGUCUUCGUCGUCGUCGUCGUCGUCGUCUUCAUCGUCUUUGGCCGCAGAAGCAUCGGCCGAGUCGUCUUGCUACCGCUACGACAGAGCGGUAUCGCUGCCCGCUGGUCUCGAUCUCUGUCGCACGUACUCGCGCGAUUUACUGGUGGCCGACGAUCGGCUGGCGCGCGACGAUGACCUCGUGAUCCGUGACAUCGGCUACGUCGUCGCGAGACGAGAGGAUAAAGUGACGGAUAAACAAGUGCCUGAAGUGAUCGAGUCGCCGAGAGGAGAGGAAGACAAAGAAGAAGAGGAGAAGGAAGAGGAAGAGGAAGAAAUGGCCGAGGUCGCAACGAUGAAUCUCAACAACGGCGAGGUGUCGCUGGACGAGGCGCUGCUCCUCGAGCCCGGCAAGAUCGUCGGCGAGGAGAAGCUGCGCAUGAGACGACGCGGCGCCAAGGAGGGCUCCAGCGUCAAGACGCAGAAUCCCCAGCACGGCAGCAAGGCGAUCCUGGCCGAUCUCGUGCUCGGCCGCGACGACGAGCCCGAGGACGCGAACAAAGCCACCGCCGCCGCCGCCUCUGUGGGGACGAUCGGCCUGCCCACCACGCCGACGGUCAAGACGCAGGACCGCAUCGAGUCUAAAGUCCUCGAGAUCGCCAUGGCGAUGGAGAACGACGUCGACUUGGCCGUGGACGAGGCCAUACGCCGGCUGAAGCGCGAGGUCGACGAGGCCACGAGCGAGUCGGCAGCCACCGAUCGGGACGUCGAGGCACUGGCCAGCGCCCUCGAGGAGGCGCACACGCUGCAGCGCACGGGCAGCCAGCGCACGGCCAGCCAGCGCCGCGCCAAGAAGAACGCCAGCUACGAGCUGGCCCAGCAGUCGGUCGUCAACGAGCGCAAUCUGCGCCGGCCCGCCGCCGACAGCCCCGCCAAGGUCUUCCACAAGCUCAACAAUGCCAGCUACGAACUAGCCAUACAGCAGCAGGACGUCAUGAGGAAUCUCUCGUUCAGCACCAAGCCCUACUACAGGAUGGACGCGUGCGAGGAGGAGCCCGACGGCGAGCCUCAGCAUUACUCGACCAUCGUGUACGAGCCGCCGCCCGAGCCGCAGCCUCUCUCGCCUACUCGCGUGCUCGGCGAGGUCGUCACCAAGAAGCAGAAGCAGCAGCAGCAGCAGCAGAGAGGCGAUGACUCGACGGGGAAAAAAAGCCAAUUGGAAACGACGCCGUAUAACGCCAGUGCUAACGGGAGGCCGCCAGUGUGCAGCGCCAAGAAACCACCCCUACCCCCUUCCACCAACACCAGUCAGCAGCAGCAGCAGCAGCAUCGCAGCAAUUACGGCCUCGGCGGCGGCGUCACCGCCAACAAUUACUCCUCACCUUUAUCGUCGUCGAGCGCGGGCUUGGAGCAGCAACACAACGGCUCGCGCAGACGCGCCACCACGGACCUCGGCAACCCGGCUGCCAUCAUCGAGAUGGCGAAGGCGCGCGCCGCGAUGCUCUCCACGGCCACCGCGACGACCACCACCGGCCAGCAGUCCUCCUCCGAGCAUCAUCAUCAUCAUCAUCAACAACAGAACAAUAAUCGAAGCAACGCCGGGAAUGAGCAGCAGCAUCACCCGUACCAGUCCCAUCAGCAGCAGCACUACAGCAAUCCAAGGCCCUACGGACUGCUCGAGACCGAUCUCGACGCUCCGCUCGAUCCGUCGGAGCUCGAGGCGGCCAAGCGGGCCUCGCGCAGCCUGCUCAAUCUCAAUGGGACGCAGUCGUCGUCGUCGGCUGGUAACAACGGUGCGUCCUUGUUGUCGCAGGACUGCUGCGACGACGCCGCGGCGGCGGCUUGUGGCGGCGGCGGUGCGGUCAGUUGUGCCAAUAAUCCCGCGAUAAGUGUCCACGGCCACAAUCAACACAGAUACCAUCAUCUCGGCUCGCCGCAGCAGAGGUACGGCUACCAUCAGCAUCAUCAGCAUCAAGGCAAUCAUCGUCAUCAGUUGACGGCGGCGUCGGCCACCGCGCAGUCUGCCGCGGCUUCCGGACAGAGACCACACAAAUCCAUGGAGUUUCUACUGGAUAAGGAGAACAUUCAUUACAUACAGCCGCCGGAGAACGAGCUGCAGAAGGUGGGCGAGCGCGUGCCGUCCGAGCACGAGCUUAGGGUGCAGCGCUCGCUGCAACGGCUCAACGUGCCCGACUGGUAUAAGAACUCGCCGGUCGCGCGCGACGGGGCCGCAGCGGCGGGCUUCCGGUUGAAGCGCCACUCGGACGCCUCGCAGCACGGCGGAUGGCGCGCCCUCGGCUCAAAGACCACAUCUCUAUCCUCGCUCUCGUCGUCUUCCAAUCGACAACCGACCACAGGGACGCUGCUAUCGCCGAGCCCGACACCGCCGGUGUUCUCGCGAUGGAGCACGAGCCUGCUGAACAGCGCGGGCAGCUCGCCCGCCAACUCGGCCCGCUCGUCCUUCAAUCAUCGCCAGCCCUAUCUCGGCUGGCGCUCCCAGGAGCGGCUCGCCAAUCCGCGCACACCCGCAGAACGCCUCGCUCAGGGCAUUCUGCCGCAGCUGCAGAACGCAAACAAGCAACAGCAGGGAACAGCCCAAUCGAGCAGCAACAGCAGCAACGUAACAGGUCAGCAGCAGCAGCCAGGUACUCAGAGUACGAAUCAGGAAGUGAGGAAUUCGAUAAAAGAAGUGACCUCAGCGAUCGUGCAUUACGUGCAAAGCGGACAAGAAGCCGCCAGCGGGCGUCUGUCGCCGCGCACGGCGGCCCAAAUGCAUCAGCAGCAGCAGCGUCAAGAUUAUUACUGGGACGACGGGAGGCAGGGCGCGAGAUCGACCAGCCCCCGAGGGAGCAGCCGUAUGAUCUGGAUGGAGAGUUCCUUCGUGGGCACGAAGCCGGUCGAGGCGCCGAGCGUGGCCCCGGCCAGCCUGAACCUCGACAGCAGCCACCGAUCAUCAGCAGCGACGACGCCUUUGCCAUUGCGUUCGUCUACCCCCGAGGUCUAUACGACGACGAUGACGGGGACAGCAGCGACUUUGGCUGCGAGAUCGACAGCAGCGACGAUCGGGGCGCCGACGACGACUACGACGACGACGACGAGUAUCUACCUCACUACGUCUCAGCUGGACGGAGGCGCCUCCGAGACCACAACCACAAGCUGCGAGGAGGACCUGGAGGACCUGGAGGAGGUGGAGGACGGCCUGGCGACGCCGGCAGGCGAGGACAACAACAGCCUGGCCGGCUUCGGGGCCUACUGGAGCACGAGCAUCGUCAGCAGCAGCAACAGCAACGCCCUAGACCACAACAACACCACCACCAGCAGCAACAGCAUCAUCAUCACCACCCCGGCAACGGCAAACAGCAGCAGCAGCAACAGGGACGGCUUAGCAAUGACUACUUUUACUACCAGUCAGGAUCAGGCCAGACGUCAUCAGCAUCGUCAGCAAGAAUCAACCACGCAGCAGCAGCAGCAGCAACAACAGCAGCCAACUGCUGCAGCCACGCAUCAGCGAACCCAAUCGACGGACAGUCGCAUGACUACUUAUCAGCAGCAGCAGCAGCAGCAGCAAAUCGUCCGAAGCCGUCCACCGUUGCAGCGGCGGCGUAGCGAGGGCAACGAGCCCACGCCACCGCUGCCGCCGCCUCAUCAGAAUCGACCCCAUCAUCAUCAUCCGCCACCGCAGCCGCCACCCCGUCGCACCUCCUUAGACAGCAUGGGUAGUUUCGACAACGUAGCGCUUCUUCAUCAUCAGCAGCAGCUACGCCUUCAGCAGCAGCAGCAGCAGCAACUGCAGCAUCUACAAUCGAAUCCCUCUAGCAACAACAACAACAACGGCAACGAGGACCGCGUGGUCCGCUGCCGGAACAGCAAGUGCCAGAACCAGGCCAGCCUGGCGGAGGCGCGCAAGACCUACAAGAGCUGCCACAACUGCACCUGCCUGUACUGCUCGCGCGAGUGCAGGCGCGCCCACUGGCACAGGCACAAGCGCACCUGCCUGUACUCGCGCGCCAACAGCCUCUGCAUACAGGUGCUGUCUUCCAUCAAGAAGGAUCCGCAGAGCCUCAAGCACCUGUCGCAGAUGGCGCGCCGCGGCUACCUGGCCCACGGCCGGGGCGCCGUCAAGUGCUUCUUCGCCAGUCCCGAGGCCGCGGAGAAGUACGUGCAGUCGGGCUUCCAGGAGCUCGGCGAGCCCGCCUACGUCAGGUGGUCGGACGUGCUGCCGAGCGAGAUGGGCGCCGAGCUCUACGCCGAGGCCUGCAAGCUCUGCGAGUCGUACAACGCCGAGACGCGCCUCGUCUGCUACGUCUCGGUCUGCGUAGUGAGGCAGGUGCCCAGCGCCAGCGGGGCAGUCAUGUGGGAGCGCCAGCCGGUCUCGCGCUGCGCCAAGCUCAAGCUCGAGGCCAGUUGCCGCGCGCCCCAGACGACGCAGACCGCGACGACGUCCUCGGCCUCGACGACCUCGGCGGUGGCGUCGCCCCAGCCCCAGCCCCAGCCCCAGCAGCAGAAGCCGAAGAUGCAGUCGGCGCCGCCACCGCCUCCGAUUCAACAGCAGCAGCAGCAGCAGCCACAACCGGCCAACAUAACCCGGGACAUGGACUCGCCGGAGACGCUGGUGCUGACCUCGAGGCCGCUCCAGGCGGGCGGCCCGCCGGCGCGCCACAGCCGCGAGCUCGCCUUCGAGAACAUCCAGCGGCUGCUGAGGCAGCGGGGCGUCUCGCUGAGGCGCCACUUUCCCCAGGUGCACGGCAAGCUCGGCGCCUACGUCGAGGCCAGCGACGCGGACAAGUUCGCCCCCGUGACCAUUUACCCGAGGGAUCAGGCGAGCGGCCGAAGCUUCAUGUGCAUCAUCAUGCUCGAGGCCGAGCCCGAGCGGCUGCGACUGCUGCCCACGGACUCGUCGCGGGUCAAGACCGUCGACGUCUGCCUCGAGCACGAGAUCGAGUGAGAGACGAAAGUAUUGUCUGGUAUGAAUGAAUGGCGAUGAAUUCGAUCGUGUAUAAUCAUGAUCGACGAGCCGAUGAAUUAAACCUCGUGUAUUUCAUUCGUGAAUGGCUGUUAUUGAUUUUUGUGUGUACACAACGAAUCUUUGAUUUCAAAUUGUCGUACUCUUCCGCCUAUAUUAUAAAAAAAAAAUAAAAAAAUUUCGAUCGUGUCUUCAAUCUUCGGAAAGUCAAAUUGCUUAUAAAAUGUAAACGAUAAAAGUGAACAAAAUAAUCGAAGUUUCAUCUCUUCAACGAUAAUAUCAAUGUUCUUAAAAAUAUAUUACAAUUAUUAUGUGUGUGCAUGCCCUGGAUCGAUGCAUCUCUACCUCGUUGUAGUACGAAUACCAAAACCAUAUGUGUGUGUGUGUACGUGUACGUGUGUAAAACUCGACUUUGAAUUUUUCUUUUUUACCGGAAAAAAUUUUCGUCUCGCUCGCUUGAAGUGAACGAGCUCGCGAAAAUCCGCUUGCGAGAUGUCGCCACCCAAAAAAAAAAACAGUAAAAAUAAGUAAAUAAAUAAAAAACAAGCUUGAUCGCGCAUAAGAGAAUCGAUGUAGAUGCUGCAGAAAAAAUAUUAUAUCCCUGGUGGAGCAUUCAUUCUAAAAAUUUCUGAAACGAUUGAAAAAAAAAGCAAGAAAAAAACCAAAAACAAAAAAUUGUAUAUUUAGACGAACCUAGGUAGAUAAAUAACAUUGAUGAUAUUAAAAAUUAUUAAUUAAUAAUAAAAACAAGUAUAGAUUGUAAUGCAUGACGAAAUAGCGAGUCGAGGAUAAUUUAUUAAAAACUGACAUUUCGUUGUAUCAAAAUCGAAGUUUUAGAGUAUUUUUCACCAGUUUAUAUAUAUAGAAUAUAUAUUCUAUGCGAGCUUUAUCGCAGUUCGAUGUUUUUUUUUUUGUUAAAACAUUGUUAUUUACUGCUAUUAUUACGCAAACUCGUAUUUAUACUUAAUUAAUAAAAUUAAUACGAAUAGACAAAAUAUUGUAAAGUAAUCGUUUUUUCGCCUAUGUUAGGUUUUCAAUCAGCAGGUUUAUAAAUAGUAAAAUAUUAGCGGAUUAUUAAAUACGUGUACAAUGCUGCUUUUCCGAAUCUUCGCAAUAGAAACGACCUGUGUACAUAAUGUAAAAUUACAAUUUUCCCAUGAUAAAUUAACGAACUAUAAUGACGUGCAUAUUUUCGUGCGACAUCCUGCAACGUGAAAUAAUUAUUUUUUAAGUAUAUGAACCGUGUGAGACCCUCGUUUUUCGUACAUAAUGUUGCACAAAAAAAUAAUUAUUACAAAUACUUUCCUUGUUUGUUAUAUAAUGAUGUUAAUCGUGUAUCAUAUUUUUAAUAUUUUACUGUGUAAAAAUAUGUAUGUAAUUAAUUACAGCUGAAUUUGAUAAUCAAAAUUAUGACAUUUAAGCUCAUUACUUUCUAUGUAAGUGUUAUAAAUUAUAUUUAAAUCCCUAAGUAUAUUGUUACAAAAUCUUAAGUUAAGAUGAUUUAUAACAUUGUUUUACUACGUCACUUACUUUCAUUGAUCAGUCACGUGAAUUGUUGAAAGAAAAAUAUGUUUUGUCAAUAAACAUAUCAUGUUGUACGAUCUUAGAAAAUUCAAUUGCUUUAUUUCUCUGUAUCUAUAUCGCGCAUGUUGGCUUUGAAAAUUUUCAUUCAAAAAUUUCUUUUUUUUUAUCAAAGAUUGAUGCGAGUGACGAUAAGUUGAUGUAUCGAAAAUGAAUGUUGAACAAUCGACCAUAAUGCUACCAAAUUAAAUAUGUAACGAGAAAGUAUACUUGGAACGUGUAAAAAAUUUUUAGCGAAAGCAACCGAAUUCAAGCGCUUCCUGGACCUUGUGACGUGUGUGCGUUUUAGAUAAUCCCUGAAAGUAGUAUCUUGCACCGAAUUACUUGCGUUGGACUUUCACGCGAGGAAACCAUGUUGAACGAUACGAUUAUAAUAUGAAAACAUUGAAAUUGCGUAUGAUGAUAUUGGUUUGAAAAAGAAUCAAAAUGAAUUAAUGAAUGUAUCUGUUAGAAAUCAAACAUUAAAUAAAUAUCUUUAAAGAAAAGAUGACCUAUUUUUUGACUGUUUCAUUACAUAUACCACAUUAAAUUCAUUUAUAGAAAAAAAAAA